AUGGCCCCUUCCAACAACGCGCUAUGGCUCAGCGCGAAACAAGAUCCCGUCAUGACGGUCGGAUCAGCUCCGUACCCAACGGCCGGACCACAAGAAGUUGUUAUUCGAACAGCAGCCGUGGCAAUGAAUCCCGCAGACUGGCUGCUACAACAGACAGGAAUGCUGCUCUCGGAGUAUCCAGCUAUCCUUGGCUGUGACGCUGCUGGUGAAGUCGUUGAAGUCGGUCAAGGGCUCGAAGAUCAAUUCAAGGUCGGAGAUCGCGUGUUUGGAGCGGCUGGACCACUCAAUGGCUAUAGGUGCUCGGCUUUCCAAGAGUACGUUGUGCUCAAAGCACCGUCUAUAGCAAAGAUUCCUGCAGCAGCCAAGUACAGUGAAGCUGCAGUCUUGCCACUUGGUUUCAACACAGCAGCGUCUUGCCUAUUUGCGAAGGAGACGCUGGGACUGGAAGCACCGCCAUCGAAGGCCGGCCACGGCAAGACUGUACUUAUCUGGGGAGCUAGCAGCAGCCUUGGAUGCUGCGGUGUCCAAACAGCUACAUUAGCAGGCUAUGAAGUUGUUGCAAUCGCCAGCAAGGCGAACCACGACCUGGUUCAGUCACUUGGUGCGAAAUCGAGCUUCGACUACAACGACUCCGACAUCGUACAAAGCGUAAUCAGAGGCCUGAAAGGCAAAGAAGUCGUAGGUAUGUUCGACUGCAUCUCCAAACCCGAAACCCUCGGCGCCCUUUGCGAAAUCCUAUCCAAAACCACCAACGCUCGCAAACUCAUCGCAGCCAUCCAGCCUGGCUCUGAAGCACACGCCAAACAUGAUGUCGAAGUCAAGACGAAUUUCGUCGUUGAUCAAGCGGCGUAUCACGGUACGGUUGGGAAGUACCUAUGGCAGGAUUUCUUGCCUGCUGCACUUGCAGACGGGACAUUUCGACACAAGCCUGAUCCGGAGAUCAUCGGGCACGGGUUGGAGAAUGUGCAAAAGGCAGUAGAUCUUCUGAGCAAAGGGGUCAGCGCGAAGAAGUUGGUUGUAACAUUGUGA